AUGGAGACAGAUGCCUCCAUGAAUAUUAUUUAUAACGAGAAUAGCAGUGAUAAAAUCAGUGAAGAUGAUUUUCAGCCAGCCGCAGAUUUCCAACCAGGCUUAGAGAAAAGAUCUUCCUUUUGUUAUCAACGAUCUAUAUCUGCCUCAUCCGCGGUUUCUAACUCCUCAGUCAAAUCUACCUCUUCUCCAAUUUAUGAGUUUUCGAAGCAUGCUUUGGACAGAACUAAUGACCUUCUUGAUACGAUAGUUGGGUAUGCGAACGGAGGAGAUGAAACUAGUCAAAAGUGCGUGCUGGUGAUUAAAGAUAGAAAAAACGAAGAUUGGCCGUCGAUCUUUUCCAAGCUGAAAACUGCGACCAAGGUCUAUCAAUUUGCGUUUGAAGAAAUUUACAUUCUCUGCACAUCGACUGGAAUGUCCCAAAUCUUCGUCAAAGCCACGGACGAGCGAAUACCAGCAGAUAUAGUGCUUAUCCGUGAAAAGCCGUUCAAGAAGGAGCACAAGGCGAUUUUACUAGCGCUCAAAGUUGGAGGCAUUCGGACGGUGAAUUCGAUAGAUUCUAUCAAUGCGUUCUUUGAGCCGCUGUGGAUAAUGACUGAUUUGAAGAACUCGCUGAAUAGAUCAGCGCCUAAUUCGACUAACUACUCAAUUAUCUGCACAUCAACAGAUGGUCUGACGAAAAUAAAAGAGUUCCCAGCGACAAUCAUCUCUGGAAAUAAUAACGACACGUGUGUAAGGAUCCGGUCUACGGAGCAAAUUGGCAAUAUAGCCGCUCUUUUAAAGAAAGCGUCUGAUUACGUCGUCGUAGAGCCACAAAUGAGGACGCUGUUUGAAGUUCAUAUUGUCAAAAUUGGAGAUUAUGUCCGAGUCUUCAAGAUCACGCCUCAAGCCAAGUCAAUGGUCUUCGUAGAGCCGAUCGACUUUUCUAGCGAGUUCAAGCAUUGGAUGGAGCAUCUGGCCCUGCUUCAUCCAGACAUGGACAUUGUUGGCAUCAGAGCUCAUUUUACCACCGAAAUGACUUGGAAAAUCUAUCAGGUCGAAUCAACAUGGCUAACACUUGAAAAACUCAUGCGCGCUGAGAUUUUGGAGCAGAUGGCAGCGCUUGUCAUCAAAAAGCUCGAGAAAUGCGAUUCACCUUCAACCAGGGCUUUUCGCCAAUUUAGCCGAACUCGACGGCGCAAAUCCAGUCUUCCCCUGGCAAAAGAACAGUUUUCUUCGUCUAUGACUUGA